UACUAAAUUAUUAAUAGCUAUGAAAGUCAAAGAAAAAUCUAUAAAUUUUGAUUACGAUAUCAAAGACGAAGAACUGGACAAAUGUUACGAUCGGGUGAUCAGCAUAUUGUCGGUAAUCUACAAGAAAACAGCCACUGACCAGAAAUCUCAGUCAUCAUUGUUGAACCGUUUGCGUCCGAUAGCGGACAUCAACGACCAUAUGACCCGUUUGAACAACGAUCGGGAAACUGCACUCCGAGCUAAUCACGAACUGUCACUGAUUGUCAAUCUCUGGUCUCGCGAGUGUCAGUCGAUUGGCUGCCAAUCGGAACAAGCGGUCAGAGAAGUGGAAAAAACCAGUAAUUUUGUACACUUUUUAUGGAAUCAAGAACUGGAUUAUCAGAAAUUUAUGGCCAAAGCCAUGCAAAUGGAUGUACUGUUGGCGACAACGACACCGACACCGACAACAACAGCAACAGUAGCCGAACAUACCGGUGCUGUCACUGCCGAUGGUGUCGGUGGUGUCGGACAUAAAGACACAUCUGUGGCCAACACUACCACAUCAAAGUUGGACAUUAAGACUACUGAUGUCUCGCCUCCUCCUCAUCCGUCACCGCCACCGCCACCGUCACUGACAACACAUAGCGAACCUGUAGUAAAAUUUGAGACAAUAAACAGUGUCGUCAAAAAUGAUAUCAAACUCAAGAUGACUAUCAUUAAUGGUAAGACUGAUGAUAGUCAAGUGGACUAUCAAUUGGACGAAUCKGUCAAAUUGGUGGAUGAAUUGGUGGCUAAAUAUAAGAGACAUCUGAAGGCCAGCCGACACCUGAGCUUUUGUGUCCAGGUUUUGCGGGCCAUCAACGAGUCAAACAAGAAAAAAAUUGAAGAUUGGAUCCAUAAUACUGAUAAACAAUAUGAUUAUCACCAGUUAGUGGCCGAUAAAAGUCAAGUUUGAUUCAUACAAACAACAAAAAACAAUUAUUUAAGACAUUAUCU